GUUGGUGAGUCCGUUCCUGUUUUUCCAUUUAUCCAGAUCUUGUUAUUCCCUUUUCACCUGUCGAGUUUUGAAAAUAGUCGAAAUAGUCGUUUUGUUUCUCAAUUAUUAUUAUAGCUCUGCUUGGCGUAGUGUUGAAAAUGACCGAUUCGUUAACUAGAAAGCGAGGGUCGCUAAAGAGCUCCCUAACAAAUUUUGUUAAACACGUAGAUAGUAAGAAAGACCUAGAUAAACUGAGUGAAACCGACCUGAUCCAGCUAGAAGAAAGAUUAGAUCGCGUGAAAAUAGUAUUUGAUGAGUUCGAGGAGGUGCAAAACCAUAUAGAAUUGGCAGCCUCCGAAGAAGCUCUCCAGAAGGAAUAUGAAAUUAGGGCCACCUUCGAAGACACGUAUUACGAUUACCGGUCUAUUGCCAAGUCCCUGUUAGCAAGUAAAGUAAUUGUGGACUUCAACAGUCAAAUCUCUUCAAGAAAUUCCGCAGUGUCAGAGACAGGUAGUCCUACCAGUAUUUUAAGUGGAGUUAAAUUGCCAGUUAUUGCCCUUCCCAAGUUCCAGGGAAAAUAUGAAAAUUGGUUAGAGUUCAGAGAAACUUUCGAGUCUUUAGUUCAUAGCAAUGAGUCUCUGAGUUCGAUUCAGAAGUAUCAUUACCUUAGAGCCUCCCUAGAGGGAAGUGCAGCCCUUGUAAUCAAAGCAGUUGAAUUCACAAGUGCAGGUUACACAGUAGCUUGGCAAGUUUUAUGCGAUAGAUAUAAUAAUACUAGAUUAUUAGUUCAUAAUCAUAUCAAAUUAAUCUUCGGUUUAGAGUCUAUAACAAAGGAAAGUUCUUACAAGUUGCGUAAAUUAGUCGAUGAUCUGUCCAAGCAUUUGAGCUCACUAGAACAAUUGGAACAGAACACAAAAAAUUGGGACCCAUUAUUGAUUUUUCUAGCAGCAAGCAAGUUAGAUGCUAAAACACUUAGUGAAUGGGAAAAGCAUUCCUUAUCGUGUGAUAACCCGACGUUAGAAAAUUUACAAACCUUUUUGCGCAACCGUGCAGAUUUAUUAGAAACCCUUGAAUUUAAAAGCGGUUCCAGUAGGUACGUGGCAGAUGAAAACAAAAGGAAAGAUUUCCGACAAAGUUCCAAAUCCCUAGUUUCCAAUAAUUCUACGGCUUUGUCAUGUUUCUUCUGCAAAGAAUCUCACUCGAUUUAUAAAUGUGAAUCAUUUUUAGGUUUGUCAUUGGAAAAAAGAAUAGAGUUUGUUAAACAGGCCAAUCUCUGUAAUAUUUGUCUACUGAAUAAUCAUUCGAGCAAAAAAUGUAGGUCCGGUCCUUGUAAAAAAUGCAAAGCUUGGCAUAACACUCUUUUACAUCCUGAAAAUGAAUACACAGCGGUUACCAAAGAAAGCGUCUCAAGUUCGAAUAACGUAAACUCUUUAGCCAGUGGCGUAGACGUCCUCAAUAAUUACACAGUGUUAUUGUCUACAGCAAAGGUUAUAGUUUUUGACGAGUCCAAUCAGCCCGUUUCGGUACGUGCACUGUUAGACUCUGGAUCGCAAUCAAGUUUCAUCACGGAUAGUUUGCGUCAGCGUUUGGGUAUAUCAACAAGCAACGCAAGCUUAAACGUUCUAGGUAUCUCAGGCAAUAUUUCAAAAAUCAAAGAGAAAUGCGUAGUAGAUCUAAACUCUCGGUAUGCGUGGGGGUUUGAUGUUAGUUCGUUAAAAAUUCCUAGUGAUCUGCAAUUGGCGGAUCCCGAAUUCAAUAAGCCCGCUCCCAUCGAUAUGCUUAUCGGAGCAGAGUUAUUCUGGGAAAUCAUCAAGCCUAAUAAAAUUUCGUGCGGUAGGAACAAGCCAGUAUUACAGGACACGCUCAAAUGUGUAUCCAACAUCAGACCCAAGUACCUCGCCUCACAAACUUCUUGA